AUGAGCGACGCGUCGUGGAGCGCCCUGCCGCUUCUCAAGGCCACGAAAGACAUUCCAGACUUGCUUGUCAAGGCCAUCUUUACCCAAGACAGCUAUCAUGUGUCGCUAACAGACAUGAACGGCCAUUUCUGGUCGCAGUCCAAAGACCGCAAGGGUGUCCGACGCGAGAGUAUGGAGCAAGAGACUGCUAUCGAUGCAUGCGAGAGCUUGACCAAUCUGCGCCAGCUCCUCGAAAAGCUCGAGGGUGCGCUCAACGGUGCGGACGGGUGCACAUGCAAAGUUGCCAGAGAUGGAGAAUCCCUCUCCUUGCAAGUCCAAGUCUCUCUGCCCAGACCCUUGGGCGUGCUGAGUUACGUCUUCCAGCUUGAAUCUAAGCACCAGGACUUCUACACCCAGAUGGUGCUUCCCUUGGUCCUGACGGCGCAUCAUCAACAGCAAGACACUGCAGACCUUGUUGAUCGUCUCAGCCAUAAAGACCACAUCAUCGAAGUGCUCUUGUCGCGUAUGAAGGCUACAGGCAUAGAUAUAUCGGCCGUGUUUCCUGCUGCCAAGAAAGGUGAUCUGAAGCAGGCGGGAAAGCAGGUGAGAGGUUUAGAUCCAUUCGACCAGCGCACAUGGGAGAAGUCUCGAGCUGUGCAGCGGGGAGUGCAUACGUCGAUAACCAGUAUGCUGAGGGAUCUCUCGCCUCGACUAGAUUCAGCCUCGGAGCAAAUCAGAGCUCAAGAAGCCCUGGGAUUGUGGGAGGUCAGACACAGUGUGAUACCUGGUAGUUCUGCAGAAUCAAAGACAGAAGUCGAGAUUUCCAGUUCUCCGGUGCCGGAGCAGGAGCAGGAGCAGGCUGAGACAGGCGAUGAUGAAUUUCAGAGACAAGCGACUCCACCGGCCUUGAAACAAGUUCAUUCUAGAUCAUCACCUGACGCUCUAAGAUCACCUCGCACGUCGAAUGCUGUAGUAGCCAGGCCGGCCGCCGACGACGACGAAACUACAGACGAUGAAGAUGACGACCUUGAUGUUCCUACGAGCUCGAACAUCACCAAGCCAAAGUGUCCAACACCCGAGCCUGAGCCAGUCGUCCCAGCCGUGAGGCCGAAAGGCAAGCUAGGCAUGAUUGGCAAACGCAAGCCGUCACCGGCUAUGGACGUGGCUCUCCCUGAGCAAGAAGACACGGCCACGCUGCAACCUCAAUCCGAAGCCAUGGAUAUCAAAAAUGACGAGCCAGCGACGAAAGUCAUAGAAUCGUCCGAGUCGGCCACAUCAGCAGCGCCGAAAAAGGGGAAGCUGGGCGUUAUCGGAGGCAGAAAGAAAGUCGCGACUAACGGGCCUGCUCACAGUCGUGAGAUCCCAGACGACAGUAUGGACAUUGAUGUGAAGGGUAAGUCAAGCGUGACAGCGACUAGGGUAAAGCGUGAGGCCACCAGUCCGACGAGACACAGCGCCGCUCCGCAGUCAUCGCAGGAGAAGGCAGAUGAGAAAAGGGCCGAACUCAAACGUCAACUGGAGGAGGCCAAGAACAAGGCACCAGCGAAGAAGAAACGAAGAUUCUAA